GAACCCGUCCUGAUGUGCAUGGACGGGAGAACUGACUGGCUAAAACAAGGUAUUCUCCACUGUUUCCGGAUGAAAGAUUAUCUAUCAAUUAGUUUUUGACUAGUGACUUACUACAUCACGACUAGAGGCUGACUGGCAAUCAAAAUCAUGAUCUUGUAUUUUGUAGCGACCCGCUCGAUCGCACAGGGCACAUAACUUCUAAGCUCACAACAGCCUCGUCAAAACUAACUCCACGGAGCGCUUUUGUGCUAGAUGUGGGUGGCCUUCAAAGCGUGGACAGUACCGUGGUUUCGCCUACCGCGACGUCGGCGUCUAAGGGAGAUCUGACGGCGCGCGAGCCGUUGUUGAGUGAUUCGACAACGAGUUCCUUCACUUCCAAACUUGCGUUUUGCUCGGGCAGUAAGAAGGAUAUCGGCGAGUUCACUGUAUCGAAGAAGCGACGGGCAAUCUAUACUCCGAAAGACAUUGGUGAUCGGAUUUUUCCACCUCUGGCCGCGAAUCCCGAGGAUGAGCUAUUGCGGUGGGCUGAUUCUCCGGAAAAUACCGAGAUGAUGCAAUGCAAGGCGUACAUGUGCGAAUUGUGUCUCUACGUGGAUCAAUUUGCGAUUGACCAGAUAAUCGGACGCAUCGUGCCCAUAUUCCGAGGCAUUGAGGCACAACUGGCUGGCGGACGGCAAGG